UAAUAGUGUAUUGUUUUAUUGUCUCCAUGUACAGUAUAUUGUAGACCGCUUUGGUUGUAUUUAAAGUGCUCCCGAAAGACAAUUGAGUGGAGUUGAGUUGGCUUAUUUUGGGGUUAGUAGUCACAUUACCAGUAGGUGGCGGCCUGACAGUUUCUUGCGGGAAGAAGAAGAAGAAGAAGAAGAAGAAGAAGAAGAAGAAGGAAGCAAACGAAAACAUCAUGGCAGCGCCCGCGGAACACGCCGGAUUGCCGUCAACGUCAGAAACGGACGUGAAUGGCGAUCCCGCAAGUUCCGAAUGAAGGCCGGGAGGUGUGAUUUGGGAUGGCGACGGCGACGACUCGACCGAGCCCAGGAUCCUGGACACCCCGCAGGACAUCCGGCUCGAGGCGGUCGCCAACACGGUGGCCGUCCACCCGACCCGCGACCUGCUGGUGUGCGGGGACGUGGACGGCGACGUGUACGCGUUCUCCUACUCGUGCACGGAGGGCGAGAACCGCGAGCUGUGGUCCUCCGGCCACCACCUCAAGUCCUGCCGCCAAGUGCGUUUUUCCGACGACGGCGAGAAGCUCUACAGCGUCUCCAAGGACAAGGCUGUCCACGUGCUGGACGUGGAGCGAGGACGGCUGGUCAGCAGGAUCCGCGGCGCGCACGGCGCUCCCAUCAAUUCUCUGCUGCUGGUGGACGCCAACAUCCUGGCGACCGGAGACGACGGGGGCACACUGAAGGUGUGGGACAUGAGGAAAGGUUCGGCCAUUAUGGAUUUGAAGCACCAUGACGACUACAUCAGUGACAUGGCCGUGGAUGAAGGCAAAAAGAUCCUGCUGACAGCCAGCGGCGACGGCACCAUGGGCGUCUUCAACAUCAAGAGGCGGCGCUUCGAGUUACUGUCGGAGUACCAGAGCAGCGAUCUGACCUCGGUGACGCUGAUGAAGCGAGGCAAGAAAGUGGUCUGCGGCUCGAGCCAAGGCACCGUCUACAUCUUCAACUGGAACGGCUUCGGGGCCACCAGCGAUCGCUUUGCCCUACAAGCGGAGUCGGUGGACUGCAUUGCCCCGAUCAGCGACAGCAUUAUAUGCGCCGCCUCCAUGGAUGGCUAUAUCCGGGCCAUUAACAUCCUCCCCAACCGCAUCAUCGGCUGCAUCGGGCAGCACGUUGGCGAACCCGUCGAAGAGCUCGCUAAAAGCUGGGACUCUCGUUUCCUGCUCAGCUGUGCCCACGACCAGCUCAUCAAGUUCUGGGACAUCUCCUCGUUAGCCACGACCACCGUCAAUGAGUACCGCAAGAGGAAGAAGAAGGAUGGACGCAUGAAAUCGCUUUCCAAAAAAGCUCUCGGAGACAGCGACUUUUUCUCAGGACUUGUUGAGGAGCCGCAGAAAAAGGAAGAGGAGGAAGUGGAUGACAGUGACAGUGGCAGCGAUUAAAAGUCCAUUUUGUGUUGCUUGAAUUUUGAUGUUUCUCACAAUGUUUUACUUCUACUCCCUACAUUUGAAAGCAAGCCAAGUGUCUGUGCUGGCUAGGGCUUACUUUGUCAAAAUAGCCUUGGCGUUUAUGACGGUGGAACUACGAUGAUUUGUAGCGAAUGUGUUGUCCUUGUGCCAGCUGAAAAAUCUCCAUGUUCUGCCCUUCAAAAGUCUGUCUCAUUCCCCCAAAAAAGGGGAAAUGUAUUUUGUUCGGUGGCCAUGAGCUAAGUUGCAUUUUUUUGUUUUUCGCUUCACAAGUUUUCGGUUGCAUUAAAGCCAGCAUCUUACCUGAUUUGUGUGAACGCUAUUUAAGGUAAUUAACAGAGGAAAGCAUUUGUUAUCAAAAUGUAUGUUCUGUAGUUGUAAUUGACAGGAGAAACUAGUGUUUUUUUUCUUUUAACGUUUUAUUCAAUCAGUACCGGUACGUCAACUUCACAGGAGUGGUUUUCUGCACAAGUAUAUCAAUACUUCCGCCAAAGCACACAGUGCGAUGCCCCCUUGUUCUUUUCAGACUGAAAUAAGAGAGCCGCUCAAGUUCAAAGAAUUCUUCCUCUUAUUAACACUUUCAUAUUAAAUUGUUGUUU